CAUCGUCCGCCGCCCUACCAGAAGAAAUCUUUUGCCCUAUGAAUCACAUCACCCCAAACGACUCAUCCACUGGCCACUGCACUCACCACUGCCACACGCGACGACCACUGCUUCCUCUCUCACUGUCAUUCCUGCCAGCUGUUCCCGAACGUUUCCUCCAACCCCCCGACCGGUCCCCCCAUCUCCUCCGCACUUAUAUCUGUAUCUAUAUAUAUCCAUACCUCCGCCUGAUCCCCGCAGAAGCGUCACAUAGACACGCGCGCCAUUAUGCCGAUGCUCAAGGAACCGUGGAAGAAGUACAAGAAGUUCCCAACCCUAGACCUUCCGAACCGCCAAUGGCCCUCAAAAACCAUUGACAAGCCGCCGCGGUGGCUGUCGACGGACUUGCGCGAUGGCAACCAGUCGCUGGUUGACCCCAUGGACGGUCACCAGAAAUGGGAAUACUUCGCUAUGCUCGUAAAGCUCGGAUACAAGGAAAUCGAGGUAUCUUUCCCCUCGGCGUCGCAGACCGAUUUCGAUUUCACACAGAAACUUGUCAGCACCCCCGGCGCGGUACCCGACGACGUCUGGCUGCAGGUUCUGUCGCCAUGCCGCAAGGAACUCAUCCGCCGCACCGUCGACUCCCUGAAGGGCGCUAAGAAGGCCAUUCUACAUCUCUACCUCGCAACGAGCCCUUGCUUCCAGCGCAUCGUCUUCAACAUGACAAACGAGCAGAGUAAGGCGCUGGCGGUAGAAUGCACGAGGUACGCGCGGUCCAUCACCAAGGACGACCCCAGCACUGCAGGCACCGAGUGGGCUUUCGAAUUCUCCCCAGAAACCUUCUCCGACUCGGAUCCUGCUUUCGUCGUCGAGGUGUGCGAAGCCGUCAAGGCUGCAUGGGAGCCAUCAGAGGAGAAUCCCAUCAUCUUCAACCUCCCUGCCACGGUGGAGAUGUCCACACCGAACGUAUACGCAGAUCAGAUUGAAUAUUUCUGCACCCACAUCUCGGAGAGGAAUAAGAUUUGCGUAUCCCUGCACCCACAUAACGAUCGCGGUUGCGCAGUUGCGGCGGCGGAGCUGGCACAAAUGGCGGGCGCAGACCGGGUCGAGGGCACUCUGUUUGGCAAUGGCGAGCGGACUGGUAAUGUGGAUCUGGUCACCCUGGCCCUCAACCUGUACACUCAGGGAGUCCACCCCGGUAUCGACUUCAGCGACCUCAAGUCCGUCAUCAACGUUGUGGAAUCCUGCAACAAGAUCCCAGUGCACCCUCGUGCGCCUUAUGGAGGCCAGCUGGUCGUGUGUGCCUUCAGCGGUUCCCACCAGGACGCCAUCAAGAAGGGGUUCCAAGAAAGGAAAGCUCUUGGCCUAGACAACGAAAGCCGAUGGGAGGUGCCAUAUCUGCCCCUGGACCCUCAGGAUAUUGGUCGAACAUACGAAGCCAUCAUCCGAGUCAAUUCCCAGAGUGGCAAAGGCGGCGUGGCUUGGAUCAUCCAGCGGCAGCUGGAACUCGACCUGCCGCGCGGUCUGCAAAUCGCCUUCUCCAAGAUUGUGCAACGCGAAACCGAUAUGCUCGGCCGCGAGCUGCUGCCUUCUGAGAUUACCAAGCUUUUCGAGGACGCAUAUCACCUAAAGAGCAAUCCGCGAUUCAGCCUGGUCGACUACGAUAUCAGCGCCGACCGCUCCAAAUCGCCUGCACCCCCUGAACCAGGAAAAGCACAGAGCUCGGCUAAUCUCCAGCGAAAGUUCAAGGGAGUUAUUGAGAUUGAUGGCCAACAACACACCAUUGAAGGUGUCGGCAACGGCGCAAUCUCCUCUCUGGCUGACGCCCUGAAGCGUCUGGGCAUCGAUCUCGAUGUCACGGACUACAAGGAACACGCCAUCGGCUCCCACAAGAACGUAAAGGCCGCCACAUACAUCGAAUGCACCGCGGCAGGUUCCACCCAGAAGGUGUGGGGCGUGGGUAUCCAUCAGGAUGUCGUCCAGGCUUCGCUGAUUGCGCUGCUGUCAGCUGCUAGCUCGUUCCUGUCAAGUAGGCCGACGACGCCUAUUCCCUUCAGACCUAAGCGAUCCAACACGAUGGAGAUUCCGUCGCCGGAGAGCAGUCCCAAAGAAAGCAGCGAUGUAGUGGCGAGGCUGGAGGCCGCGGUGGAUGGGGAAGAAAAGGUGGUUGUUGGAGGAGGUGUUUGAAAACGUGGUUAGUGAAUAGAAGAAAAUGGAUGUCUGGCGUUGUUGGUUAGUUCGAUUGUUUUUGUUGAUGGCUGAAAAUGUAGGAUGGGUGAACAUCUGUGCUUGCAUGGGUUUGGUGUCGAUGUCAUGUUGAUACGUCGGCAUGGAGGAGGAAC